UUGCAAAGUAGAAUUUGGUCUCUGAUAAACAAUGAACAGGUUUUUGAGUGAGAGGCAGAGACUUGCAGAGCUGUUGCGGUGCUGUUCGAAAAAACUUUUACUUAAUCAAGGGCUGCAAGUGCAUGGAGCUGUAGUAAAAGAAGGAUAUGGAUUUGAUUUGAUGUUGAAUAAUGAUCUAAUAGAUAUGUAUGGAAAAUGUGGUAGAAUGGAAACUGCUUGUAAUGUGUUUGAUAAAAUGCUUGAAAGAAAUGUGGUUUCCUGGACAGCUCUUAUGUGCGGGUACAUACAGAAUAGCAAUGCUAAAGGGUCGUUAUUUUUGUUCUCUCAAAUGGGAUUAUCUGAUGUAAAACCUAAUGAGUUCACUUUCUCGAUGAAUCUUAAAGCAUGUGGAUUGUUGAAUCUUGCUGAUAUUGGAAUGCAGAUUCAUGAUAUUUGCUUGAAGACUGGAUUUGACAUGGUGAUUGUGGUUGGAAAUUCUAUUGUUGAUAUGUACUCGAAGUGUGGAAGAAUCAACGAAGCUUCUCGCAUGUUUUAUUUUAUGCCGAUCAGAAAUCUUAUAACUUGGAAUUCGAUGAUAGCAGGUUACACUGUUGCAGGGUUUGGUAAGAAAGCUAUAAUUUUGUUUCAAAAAAUGCUAGAAUAUGGGCAAGCCCCUGACGAGUUCACACUUACAAGCACAUUGAAGGCUUGUAGUGGUCUUGGUGCAAUUAGAGAAGGAUCCCAAAUUCAUGCUUUCUUGAUAACUAGUGGCUUGCGAUAUUUGAUUACGACUAGUGUUGCAGGUGCUCUUAUUGAUCAAUAUGUGAAAUGUGGGAAGUUGUGUGAAGCUAGGAGAGUGUUUGAUCAGGUUGAACAGAAGCAUAUAAUAUCAUGGAGUGCACUUAUUCUUGGUUAUGCUCAAGAAGGAAACUUAGCAGAAGCGAUGGACUUAUUUAGGCAACUUAGAGAGAGCAACAUUGAAGCAGAUGGGUUUGUUCUGUCAAGUAUGAUAGGUGUGUUUGCUGAUUUUGCACUUAUAGAGCAAGGAAGGCAAAUGCAUGCCUAUAGCAUUAAAGUCCCCUCUGGCUUAGACAUAUCAGUAUGCAACUCAAUUGUAGACAUGUAUCUCAAGUGUGGAGUGAUUAAUGAAGCAGAGAGAUCUUUUGCUGAGAUGUCAACGAGAGAUGUGAUUUCUUGGACAGUUAUGAUCACUGGCUAUGGGAAGCAUGGUCUUGGUAAAGAGGCUAUUUCUCUUUUCAACAAAAUGAAAAUCGAUAAUAUUGAACCUGAUGAUGUUACUUACCUGGCUGCACUCUUAGCUUGUAGUCAUUCUGGACUUGUCAAAGAAGGUCAAGAAUACUUUUCUAAGUUGUGUAGUGAUUAUAAGAACAAAGCUAGAGUAGAGCAUUACGCUUGUAUGGUUGAUCUCCUUGGACGAGCAGGCCGCUUAAGGGAAGCUAAGGAUAUCAUUGACAAGAUGCCUCUAAAGCCAAAUAUAGGUAUAUGGCAAACCUUGCUCAGUGCUUGCAGAGUUCAUGGAGACUUGGAAUUAGGGAGAGAAGUCGGUGGCAUUCUCUUGAGAUUGGAUGGUUAUAAUCCUGUCAACUAUGUGAUGCUGUCAAAUAUAUAUGCCGAUGCGGGCAACUGGUAUGAGUGUGAGAGAAUAAGAGAAUUGGUUAAGACAAAGAAGUUGAAGAAAGAUGCAGGGCGUAGUUGGGUAGAAAUUGACAAGGAGGUUCACUUCUUCUAUGGUGGAGAUGACACACACCCGCUAAUAGAGAAAAUUCAGGAAGUGUUAAAAGAAAUGGAUAGGAAGAUGAAAGAAAAGUUGGGUUAUGUUUAUGGAAUGAAAUAUGCGUUACGUGAUGUAGAAGAGGAAUCAAAGGAGGAGAGCUUGAGACUGCAUAGUGAGAAGUUGGCAAUUGGGCUAGCACUGGUUUGUGGUGGCUGGGAAGGAAGCGGGAGGGUUAUUCGUGUCUUCAAAAACUUGAGAGUUUGUGGUGAUUGUCAUGAGUUCAUUAAAGGUUUAUCAAAGAUUCUGAAAGUUGUAUUUGUUGUGAGAGAUGCUAAUAGAUUUCAUAGGUUUGAGAAUGGCCUGUGUUCUUGCGGAGAUUAUUGGUGAUAUUUUGCGUCCAUUUUUCUAACGAUGAUUCAAGACAAGACCUUGGCCUCCAUUUUUGGAAUCGAAUUAAAUAAAAUUUUAAGGAAACUUGACUUUCA